AUGAUAAGUUUCCUUUGGAGGGCGAUUUAUAAUCUCUACUUCCAUCCGUUGCGCAAAUUCCCUGGGCCCAAGAUAGCCGCUAUCACCCCGCUCUAUGAAUAUUACUUCGACCUAUUCAAACAUGGCAUGUAUAUCUGGGAAAUUGAGAAGAUGCACGCCAAAUACGGCCCAGUCAUACGAUUUAAUCCACACGAACUCCACAUCAAAGACUCAUUCUUCUACGAUGAGAUCUAUGCGCCGAGCGCCAAAAAGAGAGAGAAAUACUCUCAGUUCGUAGCAGGUUUUGCUGCACCAGGUUCAAUGAUCGCGACAGUGGGCCAUGAACAUCACCGGAUGCGCCGAGGAAAAAUCAACAAUUUCUUCUCCAAGCGAUCUGUGGUGGCUUUGGAACCUAUGAUUAGGGAAAAAAUCACAAAUUUGAUCACGAGGCUCGAGGAAGCAAAGACCGAAGGCACUGUGUUUCGCCUUAAUGCUCUCUUUGCAGGGCUGACAGCGGACAUUAUUACCAAAUACUCCCUCGGCCGCGGUUCAAAUUACCUUAUCAGCACCGCAGAGAGCAAUGACCUCCAAGUAGCCGUCGAUGGAGCAUCGAUGCUAUUUCACACGUUGCGAAUUUUUCCAUUUCUCCACAGUGUUAUAAAUAUGGUCCCCUCAUGGCUGAUGCAAAAGCUACAUCCUAAAGCAGCCAGUUUUCUCAAUGUCCGAAAAUUCAUCCAUCAACAAUGUACGGAACUCUUGAAAGGCCCAUCAGGUGACACAACCUCCAUACCGAGCAUUUUUGACACACUUGUCGAUCCCACGAUUCCUAAGGAGGAAAGAACAGCUGGCAGACUUUCAGAUGAAGGAUGGAUCAUCCUCGCUGCAGGCAUUGAGACUACCGGAAAGGCUUUGUCAAUGGGGAUGUUCCAUCUUCUUAACGAUAAAUUACUACUCAUGAGACUGCGCAAAGAACUUUCAGAAGUUAUGCCUACUCCGACUAGCCAUGCUACUUGGGCACAGAUUGAGCGGUUGCCAUUAAUGAGCGGUGUGAUCAAAGAGUCCUUGCGGCUUUCACAUGGUGUUACAAUGCGAACACCUCGGGUUUCCCCCACGGAUCCCUUGACUUACAAUGGUCUUGUUAUUCCCCCCGGGACACCACUUAGCCAAUCCACGUAUUUCGUUCUUUCUGACCCGACUUUGUUCCCUGAUCCCUACACGUUCCAACCCGAUCGGUGGAUAGAGUCCGAUGCUGAGAGCAAGGGUCUGAAUCAGUUCCUUGUGGCAUUUGGCAAAGGAAGUCGUCAAUGCCUGGGAAUGAAUCUAGCACUCUGUGAAUUGUACAUGACCAUGGCGCAUAUAGUCCGUCGGUUUGAUAUGGAGCUAUACAAUACAACGCCAGAAAGCAUUAAGACUUACCGUGAUUUGGGGCUCGGAUAUCCGAAAGAGGGAGCCCUCAAAGUUAUGGCUAAGGUUGUGGGAACUGUCGAGUCCUAA